AUGUUCCAAAAAGAGUCCCAGAAGAAAGAUAAGCAAUUUCGGUUUCCAUUUCGGAGGCAUAAGAAAGAGGCCACAAGCACAAUCCGCGUUCCGCGGAGUGGAGGAGACACCACCAUCACUCCCCUCACCCCUCCGCCCCCACAGCCGAAAAAGCCCGCGAUUGACAUUCCACCGAAUGAGCUUUGGGACCGAGCCUACGAUGAUCUCAAAGAGGCUGAAUCUAGCUCCAAGUUGAUCGAGGCCUAUGAGGCAAUUUUGUCACUGGAGCUUAGCUCCGAGGUCGUCGAUGAGAAUGGCAGCAGGAAGGAUGGAAGCCAGAAGGGCCAAACAGAACGACAAGUUCAAAUGAACACACUGCUUGAUAAUGGCCUAAAAAAGACUGCCAAGCUGAGCGAAGUUGAAAGUGGUCUGGGCGAUGCCAUCAACAUUGUUCUCUCUUUGAAGGACGCAUUAGACCUCGGCCUCAAAGCUGUUCCUGUAGCUGCCGCUGCUUGGAGUGGUAUCUGCGUUGCGUUACAGAUUUUUUUGAAUCCAUCCAGUGAGAUGGCCUCGAGUCGAGAAGGAAUCGUCAUUGUUGUUCGGAACAUGAAGUGGUAUUCUAGUCUCACGAGUGUCCUUUAUCGACAAUCGCCUGACGAGGAAGAGCAUUUUGGAAAGCUGCGCGGGCAAUUGGCUGAACAGAUCCUCGAUCUUUAUAAGGUCCUGCUCGGGUAUAUUAUCAAGACCGUCUGCGCACACUACCGAAACCUUGCUUUGCAUAUAGCGAGGGACCUGCUGAAGCUUGACGAUUGGACUGGGGCUCUGGACGAGGUGAAAAAGGCCGUGGAUUCCGUCAAGGAUACAUUGGGCCAAUUCAACUCCACGCAGACAAAUAUUCAUCUGAAAGACAUGCGCGAUCUUCAGGCUUCCGAAGCGGAGCAUAAGCGUAUACAGCAGCUUUUCGACAUUGACAUGGCUGCCGAAAUUGAGGACCUUCAGCUCGAAGAUAAACUACUUCCGGACACUUGCAAGUGGGUCCUCAACAGCGACGAAUACCAGGAAUUCAACGACUGGAAUCGUGACAAUAUGAAGAAGCUCCUAUGGGUGAGAGGCGAUCCCGGGAAGGGAAAGACAAUGCUGCUUAUUUCUAUCGUGAAGGAGUUGACUGCUCAUCAAAAGACGUCCUUUGAUGAUAUUGCGUUAUCCUACUUCUUUUGUCGGGCAACCGACGAGAGGCAGGACACGGCAGCUGCAGUCUUGAAAGGACUUAUCUGGAUGCUCUUGCACCAGAACAGAUCCCUCAUACGCCACCUUGACCGAUUCGACGAUCAGGGCCCAAAAAGCUUCGGCGACAGACAGGCUUUUGACAAACUGAAGGAUCUUUUUAUUUCGAUCAUCGAUGAUCCCAAGUUGGGAAGAACAUAUCUCGUCAUUGAUGGCCUAGAUGAAUGUCGACGUCAGAAACCAGGACUCCGGGAGCUUUUACGUCUGAUUUCCGAAACACUGAAGAAGACGAGUCAAAUCAAGUGGUUGGUUUCCAGUCGGAACGAGACUGUUAUUGAUGCAGAGAUGCGCAAGCAGUCUGCGGCCGUUCAAAUAAGACUUGAGGAUUCAAAGUACGCUGGAUCAGUGGAGACGGCUAUUGAUAUCUACAUUGAUCGUAAAGUGUCUGAGCUUAUCGAGUUCUAUCAAGAGGCACUUGAUCCCGAAGAAGCGGAGAGACUUGAGGAAAAGUUUUACGGCGACGAUGGAUUGAAAAAAUAUUUGAAAUCGCAGCUCCAAGACAAGGCGGAUGGAACUUUUUUGUGGGUGGCCUUGGUGGUCAAAGAUCUCAAAAGCUAUCCGGCCAGUGCGGCACGCGAGCGAGUGAAGCAUUUUCCUUCCGGCCUGGAUAAAGUUUAUGAAAGAAUGUUGGCUCGCUUGGGAGAUGUCCCUGAUGCUGCCAUGUAUAGGCGAGUACUCCUGAUGAUGGCCACCGCAUACGGCUCUCUCCACCUUUCGGACCUGGAAACAUUUGCUGAAUUGUCCGCAAUGGACGGUCUGAAGCAUACGGUGAGAUCAUGCGGUCUCCUCGCAGUGAAAGAAAGCAAUGGCUUUGUACAUUUUGUUCAUACAACCGCCAAGGAGUACCUUGUCCAGGAUCCAAUCAUUCAAGAUAUCCCGAGCUUCUACCCUGGAGGUUACAUCGAAGGGCAUCAUAUUAUGAUUUCGAAGUCGCUCGAACUUAUGAACAGCCCUGGCAAGCUACGAAGGAACAUCUGUGGUUUGCCACGUCCCGACUCACAACCCUCGGAGAUCGAAACUUUGGACUCGAAGCCACUCGGCUCUCUUCGAUACGCUUGUCUUUACUGGAUCGAGCAUACCUGCAGCAUGGGAUCCAGUCCCGAGAAAACAAGCCUGUUUGACGAUGGUGCAAUUCAUCAAUUCUGGAAGGAGCAUUUUCUUCACUGGCUCGAGGCCCUCUCUCUUCUGGAAGAAAUUUCGGCUGGUAUAUUUUCAACCUUGAAACUCAUGGAACUACUCAAGGUCAGUAAUUUGCCAGACACGGCGACAUGGGGCGCUUGCAUGCAGACGCUGUACGGCCAUAGGAACAGUGUGCACGCAGUCGCCUUCUCCAAUGGUGGCCGAUUGAUUGCAUCAGGCAGUUCGGAUGGAACCGUGAAGAUAUGGCAAUCCAACUCCGGUAGCUGUCAAGACACCUGGUGUCCUCUUGCAUGGGUCGCAAGCGUCGCUUUCUCUCAUGAUGAUCAGUAUCUUGCGAUAGGGAUGGAGUUUGGACGGAUUGAGAUAUGGCACAUCGAAACGGGAGAAUGUUUAAAGAGGCUCGAAGGCCAUUCGAAGCUUGUCGAAUCCCUCGCAUUUUCACACGAUAGCAGCCAGAUUGUAUCGGGAUCUGUCGACAAGACGAUAAAAGUCUGGGAUUGCGACAUCGGACGCUGCGUGAAAACGCUCCAAGGUCAUACCGACUGUGUGACAUCUGUCGCCUUCUUGUAUGACAGCACACAUAUUGUAUCCGCUUCAUAUGAUUCGACUGUCAGGGUCUGGGACUUAGAGGAUGGGAGCUACACCACGUUACUUGAAGGCGGCCCAGAUUGGGUAAUUUGGUCAAUUGCUGUCAUGCACGAUAAGUCCAAUGUUAUAUGCGGAUCUUCUGAUGGAACCAUAUUCAUUUGCGGGCUUGACGGUGGCCAACCCCGGACCUUGAAAAGUCAUCUUGGGGAGGUUGCCUCAGUCACCAUAUCAAAGGACGACAGGCGCAUCAUCUCAGGGUCAGAAGACCAUACUGUCAAGGUUUGGGACUUUGACAACGGCAGUUGCAUAGAGACCUUGGAGGGCCACGGUCAAUCCAUCUCCUCUGUUGCCAUUUGGGAUGAUGGCCUCAUCGCCUCGGCAUCAAUAGACGAUACUAUUCGAAUCUGGAGGCCGAACGGGGAUAACGGCCCCCUGGAUACUUUCAAGCGAGAUACAAAUAUUCGGACUUUCGCUUGCUCGAAUGAGAAGGGAGCAUCAGGCUUCGAUGAUGGCACUAUCGAGAUAUGGGAUUCCCGCAACGGAAAACACCUUCAGAAUUUCGAAGGUCACGAAGAUAUGAUCACGCUCAUCGCUUUCUCUCGUCACGGCACAUAUUUCGCCACUGCAGCAUGGGAUGGGAUGGUCAAGAUCUGGGAGACCAGCAGUGGCAAUUUACUCGCAAGUUCUGGGCCUCACGACGGGCUCAAGUCGUUUGAUCCUCGCGAUAAAAUGAUAUUGGCUGACGCAAAAUUCAUGCCGUGGGACACGUCGGACUUUUCAGACCUUGACACCCCAGAACCUCUACAUCACUACAGCCUGAGUGAGAACGGACAAUGGAUACAGUGGAAAGGGCAGAAUGUGCUUUGGCUACCCAAUGAACUCAGGCCGAAAUUGAACACUCAUUGUAAUACCACACCCAGUGGUAUUGCCAUAUGCUGCCAAUCAAACCGGGUCAUGAUAUUCAACUUUGAGGUUGACAGAUUUCCACUAUAA